AAUUGAUAUCCAAAAAAGAAUUUGUAAAACAAUCAAGUUGGGAUAACCAAAGAUGAAAAUCAUCCACACGUGAGGUAUUCGCCUAGUCGGAAAAUUGAGGUCUUGGACUAGUCAAAAAACUGAAUACUUGUGUAUGAUACAUGUUCGAUUUCCCCUUUGCUCUGUUAUUUUCACCUUAUUCUUAUUACUUAUUAGACCAAACCAGAAGAAUUAGACCAGAGUAAACCAGAAAAUGCAAAAUUUACUCACCCGAAACAUACACACCUGACCAAACCAGGUGAAGAUAACACACCCGUAGAUUGAGACCAUUCCUAAUUUACAGAAAGCCUUCACCAUUUCAUAUGAAUGUUUCGGCAAUAUCUCAAGUGUAUUGGCACAAAGUCAACAACAGGCAUACCAGUUCCCAGGUACAAAAAACUUCAGCUAUUUAGGCUUGAAGUGAUCAAGUUCCAAUCAUAUUGCUGGCAAACAGCAUAAGUUUUGCAAGAAACACGGCCGUAUCAUCAUAUGAAACAAAUGGAACCACCAUCACACUACAUCUCAAAAACCUUCCAAUUAAUCUUCCUUGUAUUCCUACUGCUGAAAAAUGUUUCUGCAGUUUCCCAGCCCAACUAUUUCUUCACAAACUGUGAAGCCAGUGCUAACUACACACAGAACAGCAUAUACAGAGAGAAUCUGUACCAGCUCCUCUCAGAACUUGGUGGACAAGCCUCCUUAUCUGACUUCUACAACAUCACAAAGGGCGAAACUCCUGACAUAGUCUACGGAACAUUCUAUUGUAGACGUGACUUGAAUCGUGAGUUCUGUCGUGAUUGUGUACAGGCAGCCGCGCAAAUGAUUAUAAGAAACUGUACUACUCAGAAGGAGGCUGUUGUCUGGUACCAAGAAUGCACUCUAAGGUAUGCAAACCGUCCAAUCUUCGGUCUAGAUGAAGAUGACGAACGUUACUCAUGGUGGUUCAGCCCUGACAAUGUAUCCAAUCCUAAUCAGUUACAGACGGUGCUAUUUAGAACCAUGGGUAGUCUUAUUCAGAGCGCGGCGUACAACAAUAGCAACCAUGGUUAUGCAACUGGAGACGCCCCUUUUCCCCCGUAUCCAACCUUAUACGGUCUUGUUCAGUGCUCGAAUGAUAUUCUUGGUCCACCUUGUGAAAGAUGUUUGCGCCGUAUUUAUAGAGAUAUGCAAACUUGCUGUAACGGUGGGAGAUUGUGGAUUAUGAUUUUCCGGACCAAUUGCCAAAUGAGGUACAAUAUGGCUCCUUUCUAUUCACCACUGGCUCCACCUCCACCUCCAAGCUUACCAGGCUCUACAGGUGCAGGCAAGGGCGUACUAUUCUACAUAACAAGAGUUGUUGUUCCGGUUGCUGGCUUUGUAUUGCUGCUUCUUUGCGUCCUCGUGGUCUUCUGUGUCUGUAAGAGGAGGAAGAAACAGCAGACACCUUCAGUUUGUGAUCCGCCCAUAGAAAACAAUAAUCCUGUUCUUAACAGCAAUGAAUCCAACAUUGAGCAAUCCAACCCUUCAGACUCAUUGCAAUACAGCCUGGACACAAUCAAAUUUGCUACGAGGAACUUCUCCAUGGAUAACAAACUUGGGGAAGGUGGAUUUGGAGCUGUAUACAAGGGGAGGCUCCCAGAUGGGCAGGAAGUGGCUGUUAAGAGGCUCUCAGAAGAUUCCCGGCAAGGUCAUAGAGAAUUUACCAAUGAAGUACAAUUAGUAGCCAAGCUUCAACACAGAAACCUCGUCAAACUUUUGGGUUUUUGCUUAGAAGGGGAAGAAAAGUUGCUUAUUUUUGAGUUUGUAUCCAACUUGAGUCUGGACAAAUUCCUAUUUGAUCCAAACAGGCGAAAGUAUUUGGACUGGGAAACACGAUUCAGAAUCAUAACAGGAAUUGCACGAGGUCUUUUGUACCUUCAUGUAGAUUCUCGUGUCAAGAUUAUACACCGGGAUUUGAAAACAAGCAACAUUUUGCUAGAUGAACAGAUGAAUCCAAAGAUAGCAGACUUUGGCACAGCUAGGCUCAUGAAAAUUGACCAUACACAGGCCAAUACUACCAAAAUAUUUGGAACAUUUGGAUAUAUGGCACCAGAGUAUACAGCAGCUGGAGUAUUCUCAGUAAAGUCAGAUGUCUAUAGUUUCGGGGUUAUGGUCCUGGAGAUCGUAAGUGGACAAAGCAAUAAUUUGUUUAUUCAAUCAUUUGGGCAGGACAGCCUUUUAAGCCACGCACAGAAACUUUGGAACACAGGGACUAUUAUGGAACUAGUUGAUCCAUCACUAGGGAACAACUUUUCAAGAGCCGAAAUCCUAAGAUGUGUGCAAGUAGGGCUAUUCUCUGUUCAAGAGGACCCUUCAAGUAGACCGACAAUGGAAUCAGUCCUCCUCAUUCUUCAGAACAACUCCUCUGACAUCCAGUUCCCACCGCGCCAUUCAGCAGUAUCAUCUAACACAAAUACGCAGGGUGAGGCUGGAGAAGAUCAAUUGCCAAGUCUGGAAGGUGAUGAGGCUUAUAGCAGAGACUCAACAGACUUGUACCCACGUUGACAAAAUGACAAGUAGUCUCACAUCACCAAGAUAUACUCUCCCUAUAAUAUGACCUCUUCCCCCACCCCCUCACACACACAUACAACCAAGAAAAACUUUUUGUAAUAUUCAACCGAGUUUAUUUAUUGAAGACAUGCUUCUUUU